GCAGAGACCUCACUCACGAAGAGGUGCGCCUUUGCAAGGAAUGAGCUGUAGGCGGCCAUGUUGCCGCUGCGAGGGUCAGAAUGGGUUGGCCUUUCGUGCCCUGUUCGCUUGUACUGGAAGGGUGGUGGUUGCUUAUGGCUGCCAGAUCGCACCAGCAAGGAAAGGUGGAUUUAAACAGGCAGGCAGCAGCGGACGCUGAUCUGAAUGCUCGGCCGUGUUGGCAUUCACGAUUCGAGCUUUUGAGACUCAAAACUCGAUCAUUCAAGAUUCUCGAUCACGACUCACGAUUGUUGGAAACCUCUGCCGACUCUAUGCGACUCGACUCUCGUCGUGCGUGACUUUGCUUGAUUCAUACACCCCAAUCAGAAUGAGGGCCCGCGUGCUACUUACUGUAUGUAGCGUAUGAGGUCUGUGCGGCGUUUAUCAGCCAUCGACUGACUUCCCCC